UUGCUAUGGGAACACGAGGUUACUGUGUUGUAUGUGUGCCUGUGGACUUAUAUAAGCAGAAGCAGUUGAACGCCGGUAGCUUAGAUUCGAGAGUCAGAACGAGCAAUAAAGAUCUUGAGAUAAAAAGAAGUAAGAUAAUUUCUGCUUAGAUAGAUUUUACUUCAUCAUGACUACAACAUAUAUGGUAUCGUCGAAGUUCAACCCGGGCGAGUGGCAUUCGUCGAACGAGACGCACUAUAUGAACGCCUUUAGAGAGGUCGAAAAUGGAAAGAGCCUUCGUGAUGCGAGCAACAAACUGGCGAAAAACCUGGCGUACGAUGCUAGCAAGAUGCAGAAACAUGUCCGCGAAAAAAUCGGAACCCGCAUCAAAGACGUCGCCUCGUGGAAGGCAGAGGUCGAGAAAGAAAGAUCUUGUGUGAUCUCUGAGAUGGAAGCCUUGUUACAAUGUAAGGCGAUGCUCGAGAAAGCCCUGGCCGCGACGCAACACCCUCUCACUGUGCCAAAGAAGUGCCUCGCGUAUAGAACCAACCGCGCUGGAAUCGAUCUGGUCAAAGAUACCGUCGAGAAACAACUGUUUAAGGAAGUUCAACUGAUCGAAGCGACUCAAGCAGCUCUCAAAAGAACAUUGGAUCAGGUUAUUGAUCAAUAUAGGAGAUUAGAAUCGGUGAAGAAACGUCUGGAUAAGGAUAGUCUGGACAAACAUUCUGCUCUGAAAAUUGACAAUUACUGUCAUGGUUUGAACAAUUAUUCCUCAGGAUUGGGUUAUCACAAAUUUGCCGUGGAGAUGGAUCCGAAAUUCACCACUUUGCCAGAAUGGGAGAAUUUCUCUUAUGAUAACAUCACGCGGGCUCGCUGGGAGAGGAAGAUGUCGGAGAACCUGCGGAAGAAAGUGAAUGAGCUGCUGGUGAGAACCAUGAACGAACUCAAGGAAAUGUAUGAUUCUGUCAAUCUCUCGAUGAACAGACGUGUGAUGGAAACCAGCGAGGCCAAGAAGAGCCUUCAAAAUCACUUGAAGAGGGUCAUGGAUGAAAUGGCGAAAAUGAAAGAGAAUAUCAACAUGUUAAAGAAAUCCAUCUACGACAAGGAGAAGUACAUGCAAGUCGCUCAGACUCGUCUCGAGAAGCGUGGAUACAGACCAAAUAUGGAAUUGUGUCGCGAUAUUCCUAAAUUCCGAUUGGUUGACGAAGUGCGCGAGCUCGAGGCAGCUCUCGAUUCGCUAAAACGCCGACUCCAGGAUGCAAUCCGCGCCUACCAAGCUCUGGAGCAACAGAAAUUAGCGCUUGAGCAAGAUAUUGCUGUGAAAACAACCACCUUGGAGAUCGACCGCGAUCUUUGCUAUCGUAUGCGUCAAGGAAUGUCAUGGCAACCGUUCUUGCUGAGCACAACCGCCAAGUUGAAAGAUACCAGCUGCUGUCGUCAGGCAACACCGCCACGUCUUAUGAGCCGAAUUUCCAACCGACCAAUCACAUCCCGCUCUAUAACCACGCCCAUGUCGAGAGGGGGAAAACUAGAAGGCAGUAUCCAUCUCCAUAGUCCAGCCCUUGACCUGACAAGCCCACCUCCUACCCGUGGAGGAUUACGGAGCUCGCAUCGUGUUAUAACACCAAUGUUUGGAUAAACUGUUGUUGAGACCUUGUGAUUCUGAUGUCGAAUAAAUUAUUACGAUGGAGUGUAAUUUGUAGAAUAGUUAUCCUAAAUAUUUAAUGCCUCCAAUAUAUGUGGUAUUGAAAGGCAACUAUUGCACGAUUUCUAUUUCAAAGAUUGCAGUUCGAAAACAAAUCGAAGCUAAAGUAAAAUAUACAUGGUUGCCUUUUAAUAUCAUUGGAAAGAACCAUCAAAUGUGGAUGCAUGAUGUGAAACCGAAUUUUUAUUGGAAAUUUUGUAGUAUUAUUGACUGUGUUGCAUUGCAAACUUUUAAUUGAUUUUAAUUUCUUUAAUAUCUAACUUAUUUACAUGUAUAACCAAUGAUAUUUAACAUUUGCAAUAAUUAUAGCACUCAUGAAACACUGAA